UCACGUUUCCCAUUGGCGCUUACGCUUACGCGUGGCAGACGUCAGUCCCAGAAUUCGUAGGCGGGAACCAUGGCGGGAGAUAAUCGAACCCCGCCAAAAACGAAGGCAAGCUAGCUUCGCUAGCGUCUGCUGUGACCUUCACGGCGAAUAGUUAUGUUGAUAAGAAAGUGCUGAUUCUUCAAGAUAACACCCCCACAGUGUGUUCUCCUCACACGCUUCUGCAAUAGCUCUUGCACAGAUCUAAUCUGUGUUUUCACUGGUCUGCACCCUGUCCCUGUCUGGAGCUCAAUGCAUUUUUGACCAUUAGUCAUCAGCAGGAAUAUAGUGGAUGAGAAAUUGGCAUUGUCUUUUUUGCACGUAUCUCAAAAUCGUCACUCGGAACUGAAUCAUGUCCAACUACUGCCUCACUCCUUCCUCACCUUCGAACCAGAACAUGAUGGUCAUUCAACCAAACCACGAUGUCCACAAUGGGAUCCGGAGAAACGACCUGCUGUCUUCGCCCCCCAAACGACCCUGCCUCGAGUCGAGGAACGUCGAAAGCAUGGAGAGCAGGAGUGGCAAGCAGCCCCUGCGGGACAUCACUCAGACCAGUAACUGUGUCUACGAGGAGCUGUCCUCUCCUCCCGGUACUCCCACAAAGUCCGGUCGGUCGCCGCUGUCUGAUCCGGCAACUCCCACUGCCAGACUAAAGAUGUUGUCGAGCUUGGCUGAGAGGCUGCCUUAUGCUUGCAAGGAAAAUACCCUGGAGGAAGAGCUCUCGAACCACAGUAGCAGCUCGGAAAACACUAAACCCGCCGUGAGUCGAAAGGACAAGUCCCUGGGCCUCCUUUGCCACUCCUUCCUAAGUCUGUAUCCCGAGUACCCAGAACCAGACGAGAAAAUCAUCGUGUCUUUGGACGAGGUGGCGAAGCAUUUAGGCGUUGAGAGGAGAAGAGUGUACGACAUUGUCAACGUUUUGGAAAGCGUCGGAAUGGUCACAAAGGAGGCGAAAAACAAGUACCGCUGGUUCGGGAAGGGGGCGCUCAUGGAGACGCUGCCCAGACUCAAAGCCCUUUCGGAGCGGACUAACAUAGCGGCGCAGAUUCACUCUGUGAAGGACUUUGAAUUUACCCACUCCCUGGAAACGAGCCAGUUUUUUGCUGCAACCGAGUACAGUCCAGAACUGGUGGGCCCUAUGCCUUCGUCCAGUGGGAAAAAUGGUGCAGACCAGGAGAUGCGAAGGGAAAAGUCAAUGGGAAUCAUGAGCCAGCGUUUUCUCAUGCUCUUCCUCACAUCACCGCCCAGGACUGUGAGUCUGGACCUUGCCGCAAAAGUUCUUAUCGGUGACCCCACAGUUGAUAAAACUCAGUCAUUAGUCUACAAAACUAAAAUUAGGAGGCUGUACGAUAUUGCCAAUAUCCUCAGCAGUCUGGGACUCAUCCACAAGGUCACCGUGACAGAGGCCAGAGGUCGAAAAAGUGCUUUCAAAUACGUUGGACCUAAAAUUGGAGCUCUAGGGACUGAUGAAGAGUUGCCCGAACAACCCCAGUCACGACAUUCCUUGCUGCCCACGGGAGGACCAGGUAGUAAGGCUUCAUGGAAAGCAGGAAACGAAGACUUGAAGACUUCACCGCACGACUGUUCUGCGCAGGUGCUAGAACUUUUGCAGCAAACGCAAGGAGAAUCAAAGAGGAGGGUACUCCCAAGAACUCGAAGCGACGACCUGUCAGAAUGUCGCAGAAAUGGCAAGGAGCACGUCAUACCGCAGCAGCGCCACAUGGCACGACAUGCCUCCUUCCACGACAUCUGCGAGGUGGCAGAAAUGGAGCAUCGACGACUAUACUCGUCCUCGAAUGAGCAUUCCCCCGACACAUCUGCACAAAGUAGCGAGGCAGCGUCACCCGUUGCAUGCGAGGACAAGGUUGAGAGGGCUACUGAUUCGGUGCAUGAUGGUGUAGCAGUUCCUGAAACAAGUCCUGCUGUGCAUGUGUCCAAGGAGGGUACGCCUGCGACGGUGGCAUCUCACGUAAUCACACUCUCCGAGGAACAGUACAACAGCCUACUGCAGUCACUUAAUCUGCCUGUUCACUCUAAACCGGUCAUCAGCAUUCAGCAGGAGAAAACUCCGAAGGAACCACAGCAGAACGAUGUUGGAACUCCAAACAGUUUGCAAACCUGGGCCCAGAAACCGGCGGAAACCCCGUCCCCCCUGCAGACCCCAACACUCCGGCUACCCGGCUGGUUCCUAGAAAACCAGAGAGAGCAGAGUCCCGUGGUCUCUACCGUACCAACGGCGAGCAUUGCUAGGAAACUCACCUACGAAACUCCGACCAUCCAGGCGCUGGAUCCAGCGGAGGGCUACCUGAGCACGGCGGCGGAGUCCGAAGCGGGAAAGCUCCCCACCACGACGGUGGCCGUGCAGCCUCCUUUGACUCCAAACUACUACGCCUGCUUCUACAGCGCGCAACCCACCACCCCCGAGGUCGUCGUCGCCACGUCGUCUCCCCAGUUGCCCGUGUUCUCCCCGUCCGGAUGCCUGCUGACGUUGUCUCCGGUCAUCGUCAGCGGCCGAUCCGCGACGGCGAACGGAAGCUUGCCGACCAUAACGCUGCCGCACGGGACGCGUCUCCUCACCAAUCCCACGCAACGCGGCGGCGGUCAGUGCGACGUUCUCUGCGUCGCGGAGAAAAAGGGAACCGCCGCUAGGCGGCUGGCUCUCACCAAGUGAUGGCGGGACGUUUUGAAUAGUUUCUUUUCAUUCCUGUCGUAGGUUAUUAUUAUUACGCGCCCCAGUCGUAGCUGUUUCGACGUCGCGAGGACAGUCAGUAAUCGUACCGAUCGUAAAAUGCGCGCGAAAUUUAACUAGGGUGUCGACGACCGCGAGGACACUAAGUGCGGUUGUUGUGCAGUUUAGUCAGUCACGUUCUCGAGUUGUUCAGCGCCAUCUUGUUUUCGCAAAGCGAAGGACUCUGGUGUGCAUAUUUUCCGUUUAUUUUUUCUUCGGUUUGUUGGGUGUCCUGACAGUUUUCACAAAUUGUUCGUAAUUAUUGUGCCGUUUUUCGUUUUAUUGUGUUUGUGUGUGCAUGUUGACCAGCGGAUGUUGCUGGUGGUUGAUUUAGGCUUUUCUGAGCAGUUGAUCAGCACUGCUCGUGUCGCCCGUCACACGAACUGGCGUCGUUGGAAAUGCCUUUUUAGUCAAUGUGUUGCAAUCGUAGCGUUACGGUGGAGGCACGUUCGUAGCUUUAUGUAUCUCGGGGUUUCUUCUCUUGGGAUGUCUGGUUUCCAAGUAAAAACUACUGGAGGUGAACCUCCUUGCUCUCUACUCUCAUCCGAGAAGAAUUCAAAGAAUGUUGCUUGCCAAAUAUUCGACGUGCUUUUGCUAGGGGGCCAUCUUGAUGCCGAAUAUGGACUUUACGGGCUCGCGCGGCAUGAAGGUCGGUGUUGUAAAUCCAGGUAUCUCGUGCAGUUUUUACCCGUGUCUUGUACGCUUAUUUCCUUUCGCAAAUUACAGCGGUAUACACGUUCCACAAAUUCCUCGAAUACCUUGUCGUACCUGGUACCCACGAUUGCAUGGAUUGUCUUUCAGUUGGACAUCCCAGUCUCCGGUGUCUCCUUUUAGCAGUGAUUGGCAUGGAAUUUGCGUAGUCUGUUGUAUUUAAUGCUACAUCUGUAUAUAGCAGCAUUUGUUUUAUUGUCCGAUGCCCUAAGUUGCAGUUCUUCCGCCUCAUUCCAUAAAAUACGCAAUUGUGUUGCAAUAAAUGUGGCGACUCUCGCA